AUGCCUGCAGGGACGUGCGCACUGUGCUCGUCGGUGAAGUACAAGAACCAGUACGCGCUCGGGCAGUGGAGCCGGGACGACGGUCGCCGCGUGUGCAAGGUGUGCUUGGAAGGCAAGAAGAGCAUUGGCACGCCGUGGCAGUAUGCGGAUGCGUUCGUAGACUUCCAAUGGGAGAAGGCAGGGAACGCCCGGUGCAAAGGGGGAAUGUGCCUUGAGUGCGAGGAGCUGAAGAAGCACCUGCAGUGUUCGCGCUGCGGCGAGCAGAAGUUACUAGAUCAAUUUGCGAAAGCGGAAACUAUUGUCAACGAGGAACCCACAUGCAAGGCUUGUAUUAAGUUGCAGAGAGAGCAGGAGAAGGCCCGCCCUGCAGAGGCAAAGCGGGUGGUAUGCUCACAAUGUGGGGAGUCGAAGAGUAAGGCAGAGUUUUCCGCUCACACGUUGUGCAACGUGUCCAAAGCGUCGAUUGCGUGUACCCAGUGCGUAGACGCUGCGGCUGCACAACGGGACACUGCGGCGAGGAAGGACGGGAAGGCCUGCGUUGUGUGCGAGGUGGUGCAGCGGCGUGAAUGCUUUUCGGAGUGGAUGUGGGGCGGCGUGGCCGAUCGAGACCGCAAGUGCAAGCGCUGCGUCGCUGGCGCGAAGCUCCCGCGCGGAUGGUGGAGAUGCAUAGCUUGCAAGGACGCUUUCGAAAGAAGGGAUUUCAGCAGCUGGUUGGCCAAGCGGACGACGAAGGGUCCGGAUGGGAAGCAGAGGUGCAACAAGUGCUUCGCAGAUGAAGAGCGGAAAAGGCAGGAGGUCGCCGAGCGAAGCAGGGUGUCGGUGACAAAAAGACAGGACGACCUAGGAGAUACACAGUAUGAUGGGCCACAACCUCGAGCGGCCAAGGCUUCACAGGACAGGUUGAUCUUUUACGGUUUCUCAGAUGGCAGUGUACGAGUGGAAUUGCCGGACGAUUGGUUGAGUUGCAGCUCGGAGAUUUUGAAGAAGGUCGUUCAGCACGACUUGUUCUUCAUGUGGGAUUCAACCUUCAUGCUACCGAUCGACGAAGCGAUUCGUUGGAAACUGGAGAUCAAGUUGAAAACAAGCUGGGGCCCGCACCUGUUCGCGCACUUGAUCGCUUGCGGAUCAGAUUAUGGGGACCCAUGCGACAUUUACUCUCAGAUCAAGAAGGAGGCUUACAUAGUGAUGAAGCAACGCGGAUGUUUGACAGGCUCUCGAUUGUACGAUUACUUGUCGGACGUCAUGGUCCUUCAACAAAAGGAGACAAGUAUCUUCGAAGCAGAACUCGAACCGGCAAAAGAACCUACAGACGAGAAGCAAGUGCGGCUGAGCUCAUGGACACUGUUGACGAAGAACCACCUGGCAAGUUACGAUGGAUUGGCAAAGUUUGCAGAGGUGGAGAAUACUUCUUUGUACCUGAUCAAGAAUCAGUUGACCAAUGGCCACCGGCUGGGCCAGCUCAUCCAUCACAGGCUACACUACCGGAAGUUUCUCAACCACCUGCUGACGCUGACGAUGACAUACCUAUGCCAGCAGCAUCUUCAGGACAUCCACCUGCUCCACCGGCGCCUCCGGCAGCACUGCGCCAAGACCAUGGAGACCACAAGUACCAUUGGCAGGAUCUACGACACAGCCUUUACAGCCAGUGCCUUUUCCUGCAGUGCCAAUGGGCUCAAGUGCUCCAAGACAGCUCGGACCACCUCAGAAUGCCGAAUCAUUGAUGACACCUAUCACAACGGCGAGACCGACACCGACAUCAGCGCCAGAUCCUAUAAGUCCUGCGACUGCAAAGGCCACUACGCCACACCCUACACCUUGGAAGACUCAUGUACCUACAUGGGCACCUGCUCCGAAGCCAGCACGCAGAACACGAACAUCCACAUGAUCAAUCAGAACAAUCAGGAUCAGGUAUCCAGAGUGAACGACUUAAUCGAGAUUGUCUUCGACUUCAUCAGGGCGAGUUUUGCAGCAACUUGGCGAUCUACAAGAUACCGGAACGUCGACUCAAAGAACCGGAUAGUCUCUGACAAGUCGGCAAGCCGUGUGCGUGCACGCGCGCACAACAUCCCCAUCCCUUUCGAGUGCACCGACGCGGACAGCAUCUUUGACAAGGUGAAGCAACACAUGCGGUUCGUUGAGCGGGAGGCCGGAGUGCGGGCGUCCCCCAGCACAUCCGCAACGGUUCCCACGAUCUCUUUGUACGCGUCAGACAAGGUCAGCGAUUCAUGUUUCGAAGAAGCGGUGCGCAUGCUCGAAGACAUCUUCGAAUACGCCCGCGACCAUGACAGCGAAGGCGACGACGACGAGGGCGACGAGUCCGAGCUCUGCGAGGAGGAGCGCACCCACGAGAGCGAGCAGGAGAACCUAGAGAGCGCGCUGGGUCUCGUUCGCACCGACCGCGAGGUUCUGGGCGGCGAGGACGAGUUCAGCGAGUUCGACAACCACUUGAACGACAUCCUCUGCGGGCCGGCGGGCCUCGCUGCGCUGCUCUGCCUCCUGGCGCGGGCGCGCGCGGCGCCCCUGGUCGCCCGUGGCGCGGAGGGGCCGCCCGCGUGCGCCGGCGGCCUGGUGCAGAGGGCGCCAAUCGUAUUCUCCUGCGGCGGGUCGGGCGGCGGCCACAGGGCGCUGUUCCUCGCGGCCGCCGGCGGAGCGCACAAGGCCUUCGACGUGCCGGCCGGCGUGUCCGAGCUGGUGCUGUCGAUGGCUCCCGAGGUGGGCCCUCCCAGUGGAGCCCCCGCGGCCGCCAGCGGCGACGUUCGCCUCAUGAUCUACGACAAGGCUUCGGGCUCGUACCUCGUGAGGUACGACACGGGCAGGGUCAGCGACCGCGAGAGGAGCGAGGUGCUCGGCGACGGCUUGGUCGUGGAGUACUCGGGUAGCGGCGGCCCCGCGGAGGAGGUACGCCUCCGGGGAGUGUCCACCCGGGAGCUGCAGGCCAGGGUGCUGAACCGCGGCGUGUACCCGGUCACAGUGGUCUUCAAUUACUCGUUCGGCUCGGUCGGGAGCGCCUCGGGCGUGCUCGGGCCCCUGUUCGCUUUCACGCCUGGCUUCGGGCCUUUCGCCCUGGCGUGGGGCUGGUGCUUGGUCGGCGUCCUGUGCAGGCUGCUGGUCGGCUUGCAAUUCGAGCAGAUCGCGCACCGGGCCGCCUCGCUGGCGUCUGGGUGGGCGCGGCUUGCUCGAUCAGGGCCAACGCGGCUGCCCGGGGGCUUUGACGCUGCCCGCGACGAACGCUGCGCGCUUGGCGGCCCCGCCGGCGCCGCGGACCGGGCGCGGCCGCGCCGCUGGGGGCGCCAAGCGGCCCGCAGUAAGCGGGCGCACGGCGGCGCCCGCAGGGCGCCUGGCGCACGGCCAGGCGGCCCCGCGCGGGCGGUUGCCGGCAGCUCGGCCUGGCAGCCCUGCAGCGGCGGGCGGGCGCGCGGCGGCGCCCGCGGGGCGCCCGGCGCCCGGCCAGGCGGCCCCGCGCGGGCGGUUGCCGGCAGCUCGGCGUGGCAUCCCGGCGGCGGGCGGGCGCGCGGCGGCGCCCGCGGGGCGCCCGGCGCCCGGCCAGGCGGCCCCGCGCGGGCGGUUGCCGGCAACUCGGCGUGGCAACCCAACGGCGGGCGGGCGCGCGGCGGCGCCCGCGGGGCAACCGGCGCCCAGGCAGAUCAGCUGCUGUCGCCGCGGGCGCUUGCGGCCAGGGGGGGAAGGAUUCUGCCCCUCGAAGUCACGCCCCCUGGCCGCCUGCCCGCGGCGGCCCUUGCUGCUCGCCGGCGCCGGCACUGGGCGCGCUUGCGGGCGCGCCGCGGGCGGUGCGGUUCGCGGAGGCCGAGGGGGCGCCCGAGCCGUUCCCGGUCCCUCGGGGGCGCCGCCGGGGCCGCCGGGCGGGCGGCCGCGGCCGCCGCGGGCGGCGGGGCCAGGGUUCUGGGCCCGGAGCGUCGCGGCCCAGAAUCGCCCCAGCCCGCUGCCAAACCCGCUGGGGACGCCGCCGGGGCCGCCGGGCGAGCGGCCGCGGCCGCCGCGGCCUUGCAUUGCGUUGAGAUGGGGGGCGCUUCUAAGGAGAAGCCGCGCCUCUACCGCACUUGCCAGCUCGGCGAUGAGGCCAUGGUUGACUUGGUGAAGCAGCGCGUGUCAUUGAUCGAGAAGAACUACAUCAAUGGCACAACGGAGCAGAUCAUCAAAGAUAACAUGCCGUUCUUGUUGGAUGCGUGCCAGGCGUCGCAGCGCUUGAGCUCCACAGCGCUCACGAAGGCCAUCGUUUCGCAGAAGACGCACCUCACGGCAGAGGAAGCGAAGCGCUGGGCCACUGAGAUGAGCAGGUGCGUCAGCUACGUAGUGAACAAGUUCAGGAGCGCCGUGGCCGCGGAGAAGCUGGAUCACUACACGAGGACCCUCGGACAGGCGAUGAACUUGGAGUGCGGUCGUACUUCUUCUGGCAAAAAGAAGGAGACGCCACGCAGUGAUGACGUCGUCGAGAGCACCUCCGCGGAUGACACUCGUGCCGAGAGCUCGGCCCCAGCCGCGAGUGCACCACGCAGUCCAGCAGACGCAAGGCACAAGCUGAUCAAGGAGCUAUAUGGGAUUUCUCCACCGCCCAAGGCGAAGACCAAGAAGGUGACGUGGUACGACUGGAACUCCGACCCGCCGUCCAUGGUCGUUGCUGAUGAGUCGGGCCAGGAGACGCGCAUGCCGCUGUCAGCAGGCGAGAUGGGUUUCUUGAUCUCACGCGCGCCUGGUGGGGACAAGAUCGAGACAGACCAGUCCAACGCCUUGCUCGUUGCCCAUGCUGAGUGGCGGAAGAAGCGGGAGGCCCAAGAGAAGGAGGUGUCGAAGGAGGAGCUGCUGGACAUCGGCAGGCAGGUGUGCGAACAGCUCAAGGAGGGCACGAUUGCUGAGACGUAG